AGAGUCUCAUAAAAGCUGGGUGCGCGCCGCUCGCGUUUGUUUAUACGCAAAGCAUUAGCGUCGCACAGAGUGUCACAUCGGUGUCUUGAGAGCUGCAACAUGAUGAGAGUACAACCAGAACGUGAGGAGGUGAAGCUUUCCUCCUCACCCCCAGACAAGCCCAAACUAAUGGAAGGCGGCAACUAUAUCCGCGAGGGUCGCGACUCCAGCAAGUCCACAUGGCUGCUGUUCUCCCCCGCAACUCCUGAUGAAGCCGGCGCGCUCGCCAAGUUUCUCAGCGUGUUCUCCUCGCACGGAGUCAACCUGAUGCACAUCGAGUCGCGCUCCUCCGCCAGGCGGCCAGGGUACGAGUUCAUGGUGGAGUGCGAACACGGCGCUGGAGACUUCGGGGCAGCGCUCGACGAGCUCAAGAAUAAUGUUGGCUACUUGAACAUCAUCUCCAGAAACUACAAAGACAACAGAUACGCGGUACCAUGGUUCCCUCGGCGUAUUCGUGACUUGGACAGAUUCGCCAACCAGAUCCUGUCUUACGGCGCGGAGCUGGACUCCGACCACCCUGGCUUCACCGACCCAGAGUACAGGGCUCGGCGCAAGUACUUCGCGGACAUUGCGUACAACUACAAGUACGGGCAGCCGCUGCCACACGUUGACUACACGGCGCAGGAGAUUGCCACCUGGGGCGCUGUCUUUAGGAAGCUUACGGAGCUGUACCCCACACACGCCUGCAAAGAGCACAACCACGUGUUCCCGCUGCUUAUUGAGAACUGCGGCUACAGGGAGGACAACAUCCCACAGCUGGAGGACGUGUCCAACUUCCUGAAAGAUUGCACAGGCUUCACCCUGAGGCCGGUGGCCGGACUCCUGUCUUCACGCGAUUUCCUGGCGGGGCUGGCGUUCCGCGUGUUCCACAGCACCCAGUACAUCAGACACCACUCGCGCCCCCUCUACACUCCGGAGCCCGACGUGUGCCACGAGCUGCUGGGCCACGCGCCCCUGUUCGCAGACCCGGCCUUCGCACAAUUCUCUCAGGAGAUUGGUCUCGCCUCGCUCGGAGCGCCUGAUGAUUAUAUUGAAAAACUUGCCACCUGCUUCUGGUUCACGGUAGAGUUCGGUCUCUGCCGGCAAGAGGGCAAGCUGAAGGCGUUCGGCGCUGGACUGCUGUCUUCAUUCGGAGAGCUGCAGUAUUGUCUCUCAGACAAGCCAGAACUCCGGGAGUUCGACCCUGACACCACUGGCGACACCAAGUACCCUAUAACGGAAUACCAGCCCGUCUACUUCGUGGCCAACAGCUUCGAGGAUGCUAAGGAGAGAAUGAUAAAAUUCGCUCAAAAGAUUCCCCGUGACUUCGGCGUCCGCUACAACCCUUACACGCAGAGCGUGGACAUCCUGGACUCGCCGCGACAGAUGAAGGACCUGCUGCGUGAAGUGCACCAGGAGAUGAACCUGCUGCUCAACGCCAUGGACAAGCUAUAGGGCCAGGGACCCAUCACGUUGUGGCCUGGCUGGACCAACACAACACAACGCCAUUCUACCUGACCUGAGGCCUUAGUCUGCUAUUACAAUUGUGUCAGAAUGGUCGAUCAUUGAGCAGUGCGAGAGGGACGGAACUAUACAACCUACACAGCUCCGUCCCUCAAUUGUAAUAGCAGACUAAGACCCCUGACCAAUCUCACUAUCACGAUGCUCGAUAUCUACUGUAGAUCCUGGCUUACAGGAGUUGCAGUGGUAUGGGAAGCUGUGGCGGGCUUGUCCCACCAAAAAAAUAUAUCACGAUACUCGAUUGCUUUCAAACAAUCUUUGUUGACUAUUUUUGGAACUAUUAUAUUAAAUUGCAUGAUAUGGUCUAAAUUAUGAAAUAAGUAUCUUCCUCUAUAAUUUUAUAUGUAUAGGUAUUAUAGGUACAUAAGUACUUGUUGAUAACGGUUUUGUGUGCGAUACAUACAUUACAUGAGGUGUCGCGCCCUGUUGUAUAUCAAUAAUUAUAUUUGUUUUUAUAACGUACUGUAAAUAACUGAUUUCUAUUAAGUUAUCUUAAGUUAAUUGUAAGUUUAAGUUAAGGUUAAUAUGUUUGAUAAUAAAAAAAAAUGUUAAUGA